GCCAUAUUGGUGUGUGGUAUUCGUUCGCCCAGUGUUCUGAAGAUAAGAAGGCAGUUUAUGAAGAUGACUGACUCCAUGAAGUUUGGUCCAGAGUGGUUGCGCAACCUGUCUCAGGAUGGUUGCACACAACCUAGUAUACCAUCAACACCGCGAUACCAGCUUGCUGACCAUCGGUAUGGACGGGAGGAAAUGCUGGCUCUGUUUGACCACAUGGUGAAAGCACCGGAUCAGCUUACCAGUGUCUCAUCACUGUAUGUGGAGAAAACUCAAGAACCAUUGGCACUGCAACAGAUGACAGAGGAUGAAACACGAAAUUGGAAUCGUGGUAUUAAUAGUGAUGCAGUGUUGCGGUUGACGGGUAAAGUUCCUGCAGGAACCUCUUUAGGGCCUCGUGGACGUGGCGGGAGUGUUGAUCGUGGAAGAGGACGUGGACGAGGAGGCUAUCACUAUUCUAGAGGGCUGAGCUAUGAGGAGCCCGGAGAUGGAGUUGACUCAAGGGGAGGACUUCGUGGAGGUCUGGACCGGGAUCGGGUUGAGGGUUCCAUUUCAUCAGCAACCAGUUUUCCACGUAACAUACGGCCAUUUGAUAGAUCACAGGGAUCAUUGACUGAUCGAGGAUGGAGUGAAAGAAAUGGUGACUCUGGUGACUGGAAUGGCUCCACUUCCCCGCGGAAAGAAUUUGGUGGUGGUCGUGGUUUCAUGAGUGACAAUUGGCGACGCCACCGAGGAGGAGGGGAAGAUGAAGAUGGUUGGAGAACUGCUACAAAUAGCCGCUCUGAUAAAUGGGUUCGAAGUAGCAGCUGGCGUGAGGGAGAUAAAGAUGGAAGUGAGAUGGACAAGGAGAGGAAUGUUACUGGCAGAGGUCAGGGCUGGGAAAGAGGGAGAAGCUGGGAUGAACCUGGUACUUCCGCACCUUCCCAUCAUCCACCCAGACGGCUUUGUGAUGAGGAUAUUUUGCCAGAGUGGGUCAAUGAUAAUCCUAGUGAAAGUGGAGGAAGUUUUGAUGCUUCUGGUGCUUUUCAUGGAGGUGGAGGCUAUUCAGAUGAAGAUGAGGAUGGCAUUAUGAGUACAGGGGGUGGGAGUGGUGGUGGCAGUCACUCAAGAGAGUCUCGGUGUAAGCUGCUGUCUGACAGCUCCGGAACCAAACGGGUUCAACCUGGAAUGACUGGAAGUGGCAGACGAGUGCUGGGAACGACAGGUAAUAGUACUAAUGCUCAUGACAGAGAUGAAACAGGGAUAAGCCUAGCCACUGAUCAAGCUGCAGAAGAAAUACAGCAGCAGUCAACAGAAAGACUUGUCACUAGUGUUCUUACAUUAUCCAACUCUUCCGAAACAUCAAAAGUACCUCCAGAAUCAUUAACAUCAGACACCAGUACAAGUUCAGGUAGCAACAAGAAGACUUCUCCACCUCCCACCUCACAGUCAGCAGCAUUAUCAUCUAAUAGUCUGUCAAACAAUUCCACAUUGAUCACUAAGAAAACAAGUACUAGUAGUGAAUCAGCAACUGUAUUGCAACAUCAACCAGGUGCCACUUCAGAUUCAGGCACAUCUGACAGUAUAACAAAUUCUGUUUUUCCUGCAAGUUCAACAUUGUGUGUGAAUGAAAUGAUGCGUAACAGUACUGAAGGUAUGGCCAGUGUGGGACCUGCAGUGACUAGUGCUGAUACGAAUGACAGUGUUCAAAACAGGGUGUCAGGCAGUGCCACAGAAACUGAGAGAUUAUUACUUGUUCGACCACAGACCGUGACUGUUGGGCGACAGAAGUCAGAAGACGACAUGGAACAUAUGCAGGAAGUUGCCGAUGACCUAGUGGCAAAGUUAAUGGAUGAUGAGGAAGGACACGAGAAGUUAAUAACGUCUCUGCAACAGACUUCUGUUGCUGAGAAGUGGUACUAUAGAGAUCCUCAAGGGGAAGUACAAGGUCCAUUUCUGUCGGGAGAGAUGGCAGAGUGGUUUCGUGCUGGCUACUUCACUCUAAAUUUGCUGGUCAAGCGCAGUUGUGAUGAUCGGUAUUCACAGCUUGGUGACCUCAUUAAGAUAUGGGGUCGCAUCCCCUUCAUGCCAGGCCAUGCUGUUCCUCCACUUAAAGGCGGAGAUAGUGUGCCCACCUCUGUCCCCACCACAGGCCAGUCCACCUUGACACAGGCUGUAACUGCACCCACAGUACCAACAGGGUUGGAGCAAGAAAACCUUCUCAUGCAACAUUACCACUAUCAGUACCUUCAAAGGCAGUUCCUUCUCAGGCAGCAGGCUGUAACAGGGAAACUGUCACAGACUGAACAUUGGAGCAGUCUCACUCCUCUUGAGCAGCAGCAGCUAAUUAUGCAGCAAAUGCUUAGUCAGCCAAUAACACAGCAGCCUGUGGAUCCAUUCAUGCAACAGAUGGCUGCACACAUGCACAAAGCCCCAGUCUUGCAUCUCCUUAGUCAGCUGCAUCAGCCUAAAGUGCCAACUACUUCCAUGCCUGACAGUCAACACCCUCCUGCACAAACUCAAACCCCAGCACUGGAGCCACUGCAGCAGCUGAUACAACAGAUGGGUGGUCUGCAGCAGCUACCUGCCAGUACAGGACACCAGAGUCUUCUGCAUUCUCAGCCCCUUUCAGUACCAAAUACUACUGUAAAUAAAUCAGACAAUGAAUCCAAUCCUAUUCAGAUGUUUAUAAGGCAACUGGGAACCAAAGCUUCCAAACCUCAGCUGGAGUCUGUAUGGGGAGGUAAUAUGACACCCGGUGCUACAUCUGCUGCUGCUGCCGCCGCAGCCGCUGCUGCAGCAUUUACAACACCAGGCUGGUUGGGUCAGAUACCUGCUGCCCCUCCUGGUCAGCUUCCCCCUUCCUCUAUGUGGGAUCUUCAUGGAAAGGAUGUUAAGACUGAACAACAAAUUCUUGUAGAACAGAUGCGAGCAGAGGAGGAAAGGAGAAGAGAUGAACUGAGGAAACAAGAAGAAACACAGCGUAAGACAGAAGAAGAAGAAGAAAAGCGUAAACAAUUGGAAGAGGAGCUGCGUAAAAAGGAAGCAGAAAAACAAAAGCUUGAGGAGCAGAUGCAGAAGAUGGAAGAGGAGAGAAAACAGGAGGAAUGGCGACGCAAAGAAGAGGAAAGGGAACGACUUGAAGAGAAGAGACGUCUAGAGGAACAACUCAGGCAAGAGGAAGAACAAAAACACAAGUUGGCAGAAGAGGCAGCUGAACGGAAACGACAGCAAGAAGAAACAAAAAGACUGGAAGAGGAGGCAGCCGCACACAAGCGGGAAGAAGCUGCACGAAAGAAAGAAGAGGAGAGAAAACGCAAGGAAGAAGAAAAAGAAAAGAAACGGAAACUUGAGGAGGAACGUAAACGAGAAGAUGAGGAAAGACGAAGGUUAGAAGAAGAGGUGGCACGCAAGAAACAGCAACAGGAUGAAGAGGAGAGGAGGCUGGAGCAGCAGCGUCGCCAGACUGAGGCCCUGCGUCGGCUACAGGAACAGCAGCAGCGGGCUAAAAGUGCUCCCUGGAGUCAACAAACACCUGGAGCUGGCAGUAGUCUUGCUGACAUUCAGCGACAAGAGAAAGAAAAAAAGGAGCGAGAACUGCGGGAACAGCAGCAGCUUCUGCUCCAGCAGCAACAGCAGUCACAACUUCAUCUGCAGUCUCAAGCAAGUGAAUCCUCUGUCAGUGGAAACAGUGGCCGUAGCAGCAAUUCCUUACAACUCAAAUGGGCUGACCGGAAGCCAGUGCCAGUUAACAAAGUGAAGUCUCUGGCUGAAAUUCAGGCAGAAGAACAAGAACAGUUAGCCAAGCAACAAGAAAAAGAACGUGCUGAACGUGCACAACAACAAAAGGAGAUCGCUUUGCCUCCUUCAGCUGGCAUCUGGGGUGCUGCUUCUCAGUCACUCUCCUGGGCUUCUUCAUGUCCCAACACAACCACUGUGUGGGGCAGUACGACUCCAGCAACAACAGGUGUUGUAGGUUUCUGGGAUGAAGUAGCACCUAGUGCACCUAAGCCAUCAGGGAAGUCCGUUGGUGGAAAAGCCAAAGUUGGUGCAGCCACUUCUACUGUUGGGAACAGUUCUUCAGGAAAAGCCAGUGGGAGUAAAACCCGCAGCAAAAAGGAGGAGGCCUUGGUUUGGAAAUUGUUUGAACAAAAUGUUCCCCGUGGUGAUGAGUUUACACAGUGGUGCAGCAAGGCACUGAGUGGACUACAGUCUUCUGUAGACAUACCCACUUUUGUGGGCUUUCUUCGUGACAUUGAGUCCCCAUAUGAGGUGAAGGACUAUGUGCGGCUGUAUCUUGGAGAAGGGAAAGAGGUACAAGAAUUUGCAAGGCAGUUUUUGGAGAGGCGAUCCAAAUGGCGAAGUGCACAACGAGCUGUACCACUUGAAGAUGAUAUGUGUGUUCCUGCACCAGCUGUGAAUCCUCUCACAACAGACUUCCAGGAGGUCAAGGGCAGAGGGAAGAAAGCAAAGAAGAGCAAGAUGUUUCGUGUUGAUAAUCGCAUCCUUGGCUUCAGUGUGACAGCAGCUCAGGAUCGGAUCAAUGUGGGUGAUCGUGACUAUGGAGACGGGCUGUGAAACAUCGUAUCAGCAUACCAGCUGUAAUGUAAUGAAAUUGGUGCCAGUGCAGGCCACUUACAUGGAAGCCACCAGUGCAGCCUACCACUCCAUCAACUAAUAUAUAAAGGGGCGAGCUGUAAUUCACACAGCACUAGACUCAUUAUUAUAUGAUUCUGUGAGUACAGUUUUUGGGAUAGAAAGGAUUCAGAUCGUAAUGUUUGUGCAUGAACUUACGUUCUUACAUCCUGAUUGCCAAGAAACAACACUUCAGAGAGAACAUUCUGCUUUGAUGAAGAAUAUAAGCCGAGAGACGUCAAAAAAGGAACCACUCUUUUCAACCAAGAUUCUUUUUUAUUUGCUGGCUUUCUGUUUGAUCUGUUUUGGUUACAUCUUUAGUUUUAAGUGGGAAUUUGAAGAUGGAUUAAUUUUGCAACGGUGACAAGUUUAUUUACAGAGUUCAUGGAAUCCCAUAUCAACAUAUAUGUAAAUUAAAUAUGUCUAAUAAAACAGCACCACCAUAGUAAGAAAUUGAAGUAAAUUAGAACAAAUACAUGGCAUUUUAUGUUUAACAUAAAAACACUGUUUUUCCUUAACAAUGAAUUGUAAUAUACAGAACGAUACUUUGAACUAUCUUAGCAGGACAUUGAAUAGCCUGAAAUGUCUCAUGGUUGCCAUAAAGACCUUAAGAAUUAAAUUCUACCUUUGUAGAUAUGGCACCAUUUGUGAACGUGUUGAUGUGUACUCAGUUCAUAUUUUGGUCUUCAGCAUUUGUCAGGAAGUCAUACUGGUGGACCUCUCUUACGAGGAUAUGGACAAUGUGGGGAACGCAGACAAAUCAUCAGACAUGUUUGUAGAAAUGUGCACAAUUAAGGGUUGAAGUGAUAUUGAACUGUGUUAACCUGCCUACUAUUUGGCUCAGAUCUAUAGUGAUCACAGCUAGGCUCCAAUAUGAUUUUCUGAAAGGUUUGUGACACUGGUUGAUUCAUUAUACCAACAUUAUGUUGAACAUUUGUCUGUUGUCUGAAGUAGAUUUGAUUUCAUAGACAUUACACUGUUUCUGUCUUCAGGCAGGCGGUUGUCUUUAUAUUAACAGAUUAUUUAUUUUAAGAUUAGUUGCAAAGGUUGGGAUUGAACUUGGACUUUUGAAUACUAAGCUAAUAUGUAAACUGCUGGGGUGAGCUGGUUAGCAUACAAGUCUAGUAUUGAGAAGGUCCAGCAUUCAGUCCCAACCAUCAAAACUAGCCUUAAAAUAAAAAAUACAACAAAGUACAUUAAUACUGGAGUACAACCAACUUAAAAAUAUUGUUUUUAUUAAAUCAAAUAUGUAUGAGAUUUGAGGUUCUCAGAGCAGUGAAUGUGGAGAUCACUGUCUUCUGUAAUCUGAUGCUAUGUAGUCUGGUAGAAGUUUACCAUAAUUUCAGUUUAACAUACUCCCUCUCUCUCCAUGGUAGAAGAGUCUCCUGAAGAUGGAGCAGCAUGUUUUUCUGAAACUUCAUUAAACUUCUAUGAGACUACAUGGUGUCACAUCCCAGAAACCAGUAAUCUUCAGAUCAAAUCUAACUAAGACAGUGCACUUUUCAAACAUAAGUGCUAGUAAAUUAUAUUCGGAUUUUCAAGGAAUUUCAGAUUCACCAUCCUUAUUCCUAUAAUUUUAUUACUCUUAUGAGACCAUGGUGACUUCUAGAAAAAGAAUCCUUUAGUAACAUCAGUAUUUAUUGAUCCAGAAUGAUAUUCUGUUUGCAUACAAAAUUUCACAAUUCCUAACAUGAUGUAUUGACUCAUCCUAGAUUCUCAAGCACUGGAGUUGCAGGGAUGGCAGUGAAUAACCUGGACCACUGAUUUUCUUCGUUUUUGUGUCAAACACUGUUUUAAUUUAACAAAAGACAGUUGUUUUCAGAAAUUAUUGUAAGGAACCACAUGUUUCUCCUAUAUCCAUUAUAUAUCAUUCCUGACAUUUUAGCAGUUUGACAGCAUAUAAACUUUCGUUUUGUUAGGUCUGUCCUCCCCUGCCAUCUUGCAAUGUCAGUAAGGAGGUAUUACAAGAUACUGAUAUAAAGAUGGGGAAAAGGACAAGUACGAGAAAAUAGAAUAUUGUAUUUUAAAACAUUUGCAAGGUCUUGUUUCAAAUGUACAGCUGUAGUUACCAGUUCACUUUAAAAUUAUGAAUCUUGCAUCAUGUUAACGUUCCUAAGGGCAAGAAAAGUCCAAACUGAAAGAGUUAUAUAACAUGUGAAGUUUGUUGGGGUAACUCCAGGAGAUGAUGGUGAGUUCAUAGCAUUUCUAUGUGGUAUAUUUUAAUUAUAUGAUCAUCUGUUUCUUCAUUGUCAACAAUGAUUUAUCUUCAUGCCAGUUCACUGAGAUACUGAACAGAGUGAAUAUGUAACAUAGGAAGCCUUAAAUAUGAGAGAGCCUUUAUAGGUUUUAGCUGAAACAGUGGUUAUACAGAAUGUUUCAAAAUAAUUUAACAUAAAACUUUACUUUUAUACCUUGUAUAUAGUUGUAAAAUAUUGCAGCGCUGUAAUAAUUAUAAUAAUUACAAGUAUAUGAAACCGAGACAGGUAUUUUGUUAUUGCUGUUUAUUUUCUCUCAUCACCCUGUGAUGAAUUUGUAUAUACUUUCAAAUUGUGGUUGUUGUUAAGUUGGAAACUCUUUGACUGAUAUGUCACAUGUUCCAGUUGAUGAUGGAUUUAAAUCAUUCUUCCCACUAUCUUCAGUGCAUAAACACUCUGACAUUGCUAAUAUAUUCCAGUUUAUAGGCUCUAAAUAGUAUUUCAGUUAAGCUUCAGUUUCUAAAAUGGGAAAUAAAAUUUGCCUCAGACAUCCUUUAUGUGUUUUCAGCAAGAUACCUCAUGCAUGCUUUCGGUUUUCACAUGGUUUGGUCAAGUUAUCAUGUUCUGUUGAACUGUGUGAUCAAACUUAUAUAUCAUCAUGAAACAACAUGAUACUUAUGCUUCCAUUGGUUUGAUAACAACUGAUCAGCAGUAGGAAAAGGUAAAAAAGUCUACCAUUUACUGUUCUAGUAAUUGGGCAAACUGUCAUUUUUUUUUUGGCAAACAUCCAAA